AUGAUAAUUGAAACCAUCGAGGCCGCCGAUACUGCAAGCACAUUCCCGAUAGCAGCUGCCACAACAGCAGCUUCAUCAGCAGCUACUUCAGCAACUAACGCGGCAGCUAAUGUCGCAGCUGUAGGAGCCACAGCUAACACGUCAGCGACAGAUGUUUACGACGAUGAGAUCGAAGAAGAUGGCGGGGAAGAAAGUGAAAGUGAAACUGAGGAAAAAGUUGAAGAAAAAGAAACAAAAAGUGAAAUUGAAUUAGAAUUAGAAAGAUUAAUUGAAAAGCAGGUGGAACUGAAUAAAAAACUGAAAGGAUUCGAGAGAGGAAAAAGUGCAGUAGCAGCAGCUGUAGGAACAGCAAAACUUGGAGGAAAAGAAGAUGAAUUAGGCCAGGAGGAAGAGCUGGACUUUGAAACAAAAAGAUUGAUGGCUUUGGACAAAAGUGAUAUUAAAGAUUUGAAAGAACUGGUGCAAUCGAAUCAGAGGCUGAUGCAAAAACUAGAUGAAACUGCUACACUUCUUGAAAAGUUGAAGGUCUUGCAUCAGAUAAAGGAGGACCAAGAAAAGCUUUUGAAACUUCAAAUUAUUUUUAUGAAAUAUUUUGUUACGAAAUUCGAUUUGAUGAAAACUACGAAGGACGAGGCAUUCCUGGCCGUGCUGGAGCAAGAGGAGCAGCAGAGGAAGUUGCGCCAACAGGAGCGACAACAUCAACAAAACUUAUUUCUUCGACAACAACUUCUACAACAACGUCAAAAUCAACAACUACGUCAACAUCAUCAACAACAACAACAACUGAAUGAUGAAUUUCGCAUACAACACCGACGACAGGAACAGACCGGCGCACAGCAGCAACAACAACAACAACAACUACAGCAAGACGAACAGCAACAAAACCAACAACAACAACAACUGCGUACUUUACAACUACUGCAAGACCAGCAAAGACAACUUGAUGAACAAAAUAGAAACAUUCAACUGACAAACGAGCAGUUAAAUAGAAAUCUAGAAACGAAUGAGGAACUUUUGAAACGAAGGCAAGAAGCAGAGAAGCAGUUGGAAAUUGAAGCAAUUGAAAACGAACUGGCCAAACAGGCGGUCAUCAAGAGAAUCAUCGACAAGCAGCAGAAACGAAUCAUGGAACUCGAGGGAAAGACACGCGUCAGUGAGCAGCAGACAGAUGAAGAAGAAACCAAAAAAACUCUCAAGAGUAAAAUUGUUCGACGCCGUUUGGAGAAACGAUCUUCCGAGAAAGUGAGUUUCGAUAAAUUGGAAAGCGCGCUCAGUCACGCUGUUGAAUUGCUUGAAAAAUCUGAGAAAGAGUUGCUGGAGAAAAGAAAAAAAACACUGAAGUUACGGCAUCUGAAAGAGAAGAAACUGAGACAAGAAAAGAAAAAUUUGAUAAAACGAUUCAAGUUCUCAGAGAGUGAACUAGAAAAAAUGAAUGAGGCUAAAAGAUCGAAAAGAAAUUUAGAAAAUUUGCCGAAAGAUGAUUCAGUUGCUGAAAAUAUCGAUCGUAAUCUCAUUGAAGCCGAAGCUGAAUUAGAAAAUGUAAAAACAGAACUGGACAUUUUGGCCGAGAAAUUGAACUCUGAAACGUUGAAAUUAAUAAAUUCUGUAGACCAAGAGUUGGUUGAUCAGCCGCGAGUUGGCAGCAGUGUUCCAACUGUUAGCAAUUUUCCCGAACCCAUACAUUCAAGAAUCAUUGAAAUUGAUUCAAAUAAUGGCGACAAAUUAAUUUUAGAUGAAAAUUUUUUAGAGAGAGAGAAAAAAUUGAAACAGAAAGAACUGGAAAACAUAUUAGCUGAGCAGAAAAUUCAAAAAGAAAAGGAGAUACACGAUAUAUUACGAAAACAAAAAAUGAUGAUGCAGAAAGAAAAGAACGACUUUGAAAAUUUAAAAAGCGUAUUCUCGCACACUCACCAUCAACUUGACGAACCAGCACCCUUUCUUCUCGAAUCGGACAAAUACAUAUUCCCAGGACAGAACAAGAAGCAACUAAAGACACAGCAACUACUGUCUCAGCAACAAAAAUUGAAACUUCUGGAGCAGAAACAGCUAGCGGAGCAGCAACAAUACCAAGCACUUCAACGACAAAUCUAUGCCCAACAGCAGCAGCUGCAGCAGCAACGACAAAAAAAUCGCCAACAGCAGAAAUUAGACUUGGAGAGGUUGAGGAAUGAUCAGGGACAACUGAGGAACGAUCAGGAAGACCAACUUAUUUUGAAUGUUAAAGAUAGCGGUAGUGAAAGUUUAUUAGAAGAAUACCGAAAUUCAUUGAGAGAUUUGCGCCUUGGCGACGAGAAAAAAUUUUUUCCCGAAGUUAAAUCACCCGUUUUGAAGGGAAAUGAAGAAAACGUCAACAUGAAAUCCUCAGCUAAAGAAAAAAGAAAUUACGUGAUUGAGCAAGAGGAUGACGACGACUGGCUCUUCACAAACGCCAGCCAGGAAGAACAAAAUUUAGCCGCGGGAAGAACGGAAGAUGGGCAAGAUAAGAGGCAGGAUUUGGAUCAGAUCUGGGCUAGAGAUGCUCCAUUCCCAGAGAAACCGGGAUACGACUACAAACACCAUACCUACCCAAACGAACAGAUCGGAUUAAUUGUGAAGAGAAGAAAGAGAGAUGCGAGAGACCUCAGCGAUCAGAAUGAAGAGGACUUGAGUGAACUUUCAAGGGUCCGCAGGGGCCCAAAACGUUUUGGAAGGAAAGGUAGAAAAGGAAAUAAAGGUCGAGGUCGUAGGCAGAAGGGCAGACGUCCUAGAAGACAUCCUCAAAGACGUCGAAAGAGUAAAGGACGAGGAAGAGGAGGAGGAGGAGGAAAAAGAAGAGGCGGAAAACGAGGCAAAAGACCACGCGUGCAGGGCAGAUACAGAAGAGAUGUUGAGCCGGACAAUAAUGAAAAAGAUUCCACGCAUUCAACUUUGUUUUAUUCGACAUCAGCUUCGCCAGUUACUGAUCGUUUGGCGGAGAAACUUCAGGAUGACAUGCAAUUCAUCUACCUCUCCAAUGUCCGACUGGACGUUAUUCUCGAUAGGUGGUCGAAAAUUUUGAAAAAAUAUCAAGCAGUCACUGACGAUAUAAAAAACAGUAUCGAAGUUAAAAAAUCAAAAGAGGAAACAAACACUAACAUCAACAACAUCAACAACAACGUCAACAACAACAACAUCAACAAUUACAACAACGUCGUUAACAACAUUUUGAAUAAUUUAAGAAACAAUCCAAUCAAGAAUGUGACGGCAUUGAGGUUGAAGAAUGAAGAAUACUUGGAAACGAUGCUGGACCUGAUAGAAGAGGCUGACUCAGAACUUCUCGAACAACAAAAACUCAUUCAGAGCUGGGGCCAGCAGGUAGGUGUAACCGAUCCGGAUGCCAACUACGAUGACGACGACGACGAGAACGAUGGCGACGCCGAAAACAAGAAAAAAACUUUAAACAACGACAAACAUCUCAGCAAGAGAAGUGCAUUUCAGAGCGGCAAAGAUGACUCCAGCGAAUCAGAAGAUAAGGAUGAAGAGCAGGAUGGUGAGAAAGAUGGUGAGGAAGAUUUCACGCAUUACAGAUCGAAGAGAUCGCAUCCAUUCUUCGACUGGUUAGCAUCAGCCUACAAAUACGAAACUACGGCAUCAAGCGGUAAAAAAGUUGUUGACGGACAGGAAGACUACCACAGAAAAAUGUUCACUGACGUACGAAAAAGAACAUCCGCUGUGUCGACAUCGUCAAGAACGUUCACAGCCACCCCAAAAAGUGACCACCCUGACAGCGGCAGCAGCAGCAGCAGCAGCAGUGACCACUCGCCAACAAAUCCACCAACGGCAAACGAGAAAAUGGGCAGCAAAGACAUAAAAAUAAUGUACCGCAACCAGGGCGAUAAUAUCGACAAGGAGGUGAUUCUGGUUAGAAGGGGUAAUAAUAGAUGGGUGGAAAUGAGGAGUGGGGCGUCAGAUUUCAGUGGCGGCCUUUUGUUGAAAGAUGACGACGAUGGGGAGGACGACGACGACGAGGAUGGUGAUAACAAUGACGACGGCAAAAUAAAUUUUGGUAAAAAUGGUGGUGGAAGUGGUGAUGGAAUGGAUGUUGGUGAGAGAAUGAAUUACACCAGCGGUCAGAUUAAAGACGCUAAGCCGCAGUGA